AUGGCACUGCUGGGUGCCCAAGCUGAUGGUGCGGGGAAGUCCAGCGUGGCUCCGGGCAUGGAAUGGGACCAUGGAGGAGAGUGCAGGAUUAAACCAGGACCCAGAAAAUAUGCCUGUGAGCUCACACUAGACCCAAACACAGCAUACAGAAAUCUCUCUCUCUCUGAGGGGAACAGAAAGGUGACACGUGGGAGUCAGCAGCUGCCGUAUCCUGACCACCCAGAGAGAUUUGACUACUGGGAUCAGGUGCUGUGUAGAGAGGGUCUGUCUGGACACCACCCAGGGAGAUGUGACAGUCUGGGUCAGAGUCCAAUCAGCACGGGUCAGUCUGGACGCUACUACUGGGAGGCUGAGUGGAGUAAUAGUGCUGAGGUAGCAGUGGCCUAUAAAAGCAUGGAGAGGAAAGGGGGUGGGAACAGCAGCAGGUUUGGAGGUAAUGCCAAGUCCUGGAGUCUGGAGUGCUCUGGGAACAGUUACUCUGCCUGGCACAAUAGUAAGGAGACUGCCAUACCUGCCCCCUCCUCCCGCUCCAGCAGAGUAGGAGUGUACCUGGACUGGCCAGCAGGCACUCUGUCCUUCUACAGCGUCUCCUCUAACACACUCACCCACCUGCACACGUUCCACUCCACAUUCACUGAGCCCCUCUAUCCUGGGUUUUGGACUCUCUCCUCAGUGUCCCUGUGCCAGAUCACAUGACCUCCUAAUCCUGCAGCAGAGCUAUACACUCGUGUGUGUGUGUGUGUGUGUGUGUGUGUGUGUGUGUGUGUGUGUGUGUGUGUGUGUGUGUGUGUGUGUGUGUGUGUGUGUGUGUGUGUGUGUGUGUGUGUGUGUGUGUGUGUGUGUGUGUGUGUGUUUGGAGUGGCUCA